AUGGGACUCAGCUGCUUCAAGUCCUGGAAACAUGAGGCAGGCCACAAAGGUAACAGAGACGUGUUGGCCAGCCCGGGCUCGUACUUCUUCCUCUCUAACAGCGCCGGGCAGGGGGACGAGUGGCUGAAGAGCCUCAACAAGGGAGUGUGGAUCCCUUUCACAGGGGUCUUCGGUCAGCGUCUGGAGGAGACGGUGCUGUACGAGCGACGUUAUGGGGUGCGUUUGGUUCCUCUGGUGGUGGAGCAGUGUGUGAACUUCCUCCGGGAGCGCGGCCUUAAUGAAGUGGGCUUGUUUCGCCAGCCGGGACAGGCCAGUCUGGUGAAAGAGCUGCAGGAGGCUUUCGACGCAGGGGAGAGGCCGUCCUUCGACAGUAGCACAGACGUCCACACGGUGGCGUCCCUGCUGAAGCUCUACCUCCGACAGCUGCCGGAGCCUCUGGUUCCUUACAGACGCUACCAGGACUUCCUGCUCUGCGGUCAGAAGCUGCUCAGUGACCGCGCCCUGGUUUUGGGGGAGUUGAGGACUCUUCUUCAUGAGUUGCCAGUUGUAAACUUCAACCUACUCAACUUUAUCUGCCAGUUUCUAAAUGAGGUCCAGAGUUACUCCAGCAGUAACAAGAUGAGCGGCAAGAACUUGGCCACUGUGUUCGGGCCAAACAUCCUCCGAGCCAAAGCUGAAGACCCACAAAGCAUCAUGGGAGGUGCAGCACUAGUCCAGGUGCUGAUGUUGGAGCUGAUCAGACAGCAUGAGUCUCUGUUUGCCAAAGUCCCCCCACUAAUCUCUGCCCGUCCACCUGGAGGUUCCCAUGCAUCGCCAAGUGCUCUAAGACAGCCUCACCUGCACCUGUCACCCUGCCUCCGCCAGCUGUCUAUGCCGCUCAUAGUAGAGCGCUCCAGAGAGCCAGGACAGCCUGCUGCAGACGAACACAACCACAGCUGCAUCUACCCUGCUUCUGCCAAAUCAGACUUGUCCUCUGGCCAGAAGAGACUUCUCGGCCAUCGCUACACCUCCUCCCACCCAGAGAACUGCUUCUACCCCCUGCCCUCCUCCAGUCAAUCUGACAGACACAAUAUAGAUUAUCACCAGUGCCACGCUGGUCGAGGACCAUCCACUUCAAAUGUUCACGCCUCUAUAACCAGCCUUGAGCUACAAGACCCACUACCAGACAGCUCCAAGCCCAGUCCGACGCUCAUGAGCUGGGCAAAGGCCUGGCCUGAUUCAGGAGAGGCAGGCGCUGGUUCCUGGAGCUCUGGUGCUGCAGAGGAAGAGGGUGCAGUUCCAGGAACAGCCAGCGGGGGCAGCAGUGAGGCUCAGGAGAACAGCAACCUUUCUACCUACGACAACCUGGAAAGAGCAUCUUCUUCAGACGCAUGUCUUCGGCAGAGGAUGGAGGAAGUCACUGUUGAAACCAACAAUCAAGAAGGCCAUAUUGGAACUUGUGAAGAGGAGGCGGAGCUAGAUGAGGCGGGGCGGACGAAGUUCUCCAUCUCUUCAUGGUCUUCCUGCGAGGUGCUACCAUUGGACGAUAGCAGUGAUGCUGUGGGAGCGGUUAUUCCUGACACGUCGCCAAAGAGACUUCAAAGGUUACCUUCAAAUCAGGCAGAAGAAGAGGAAAACAGUGAUAAUGACAAUAAUAAUGAAGACAAUGAUGAAGAAGAUGACGAUGACAUCCACCACCCUAACUCCCUUGCCUCCUGUUCUGUACUGAGUGACAGCUUUCUCAGUACGGGCAGCUCGGAUGUGUUUCUCCCCUCAGGUCCUCCAGACAUCCAGGGCCCUGAGCCUCAGUCACAGCCCAGGAACGGUCACUCAGUCCUGGCUGAGCUGCGGCAUCAGAUGGCUCAACAGAAGGCUGAGUACCAGGCCAGGGUACAGAGGUUGGAGCGCUGUAAUGAUGUCCUGGAGCGACAGCUUUCGGUACUGCGGGUCAGUCUGGAGCAGCAGAAGCGCAGCCGAAGUGUCGCCGAGAUCAAGAUCCGUAACAUGGAGCAAGCCAAGGCAGACGCCGACCUCCGAAACAACACGCUGCAGAGAGAGAUGGAGGUCUUCUUCCAGAUGUACGGAGAGAUCAAGAGAAGAGGAGGGGACAAAGAUGGAAGAGGAGGAAGGAGUCUCUGAAGAUGGAGAGAAAGAUUGAGGAAUUCUUUAAGUGUACGGAUAGGUUGGAACAGAGGAAUAACAGAGGAAGGGAGGGAUGGAUAAAGAGUGUAAAAGAAGAUGAUCACGACAGGAGGUCCAACUCCUCUGAGUUGAUCCUGAAGGCAUCAAACACUGAAGGAAAACAGUCAGAAGUUAUGUGUCAUUUCCACCACUUCGCCUCAGGCCGAGUUCACGGUUUGCAGAAGAAUUGUAAGAAAGUUUAAGUUUGAAGAGCAGCUUUGGACAUUGGCAGUGACUCUCUUCACUUCCCCAUUGGUGGGCUGGAGGAUCGGGUUACUUAAGUGUCUUCCUGCUUUAUGCAAAGAAAGUCACCAAAAGGUCUUUUCAGGGAGCCUCAGGCGCGGUAUUAUUCAACCUAAACCCAUUCCUGAACAACCAAGAUCUAGAAAAGGAAGGAAUUGACAUUCACAACCUCCACAACUGAUCUCAGAUGAGGUUCACAAGAUUAUUCCAGUUGGAGAAAAACUGCGACUGGAGUGCAUGGAUGCCAGAAUUUGAUCUCAGAGCUCAUCUGUGUCCAGGAUAUAACACGGGGAACACUGAUGCUGGAUUUUGCCUUUUUUGAAGCCAUGUUAGGUUAUUUUGGCUGCCUCCCAAUAACCUGACGCACCAGAUGGUUUGUUUACCAACCGUCAUUGGAAACUGUUCAGAAAAUGGAAGCUGCUUUCAAAAAAUACUUAGUAGCUGAUUGGAUGAACCAUCAGUCAAUCAAACUCUUUCCGAAGAUAGUCGGGAGAAGAGCGAAAACACCUUCAGUGCCAUUCUUUGCUCUUCUUUCAAUGAAGAAUACUCUCCACUUCUGAUAUAACUGAGGCUAUCUGAGGCAGCAUCUAAGCUAACCUGUUCAGGAGCCAAAACAAACACGUUACUCGAAGACUGACCAGAUGGAUUUUCAUGUGACCUUGUUAUCCUUUAAUUCUCGCGUGAUCUUGUGAUACCGCGAUGAUAUCAUGAUGCCGUGAGACUUCCCCGCCCAUGUUUUCCUGACAAUCUUAUUGGGUUACUGCUCCGACUGGUCUCCAAACAUACUCCAACAAAAAGCGCAUCCUGCUUUUGUCUUUUCAUCAUGUUUUUACGAUGUUUACUGUCGUAGCGUCGGUCACAAGAUCAAGAUGAGUCUCAGAACGGCUCAAACUCGACAAUCUGUUAGUGCAGGAAAACACGUGGAUUCACUUCAGACAUAACGUUUCAGUGUCUGACGUUCUGCCGUUUCCAACAUGUAAACAAAGAAGGACAACCCUUGGAGUUUUUCAGAAGACACUUAGAGACACUGUAAACUAGUCUUUUUUACGUAUUUACUAACCCAACAAUAUCGUUUUAGUGACCUAACAGUUGUACAAGUGAACAGCUGACACCAGCUGGACACCUUUAUGUUUGGAAAGUCUGAAUGUCCAGGUUUCUUUUGUUUUUCACAUCUCAGGGCACAGAACUAGACUUGCUUUGGACUGAAGGUGCAGUCCCACAGGAGCAGGGGAAGGGGUUUUAUUUGAGUACAAGGAGUCGGACCCUCUCCAACAUAAAGACACCACAAGUCCUGUUCGCUCUGCAUGAAGAUGUCCGCUUAAAAAUAAACUCUUUAA